AUGCUGCACUGGGGAUACGAGGAGCACAACGGGCCUGCCCACUGGAAGGAGGUUUUUCCUGUCGCUAACGGAGACCGUCAGUCACCCAUUGACAUCAAAACUGAGGAUACCAAGUAUGAUCCCUCCCUCCGUCCUCUAAAUCCCAGUUAUGAUCCAGCUUCUGCUAAAAUCAUCCUUAACAACGGGCACUCCACCAGUGUGGAGUUUGAUGACACCGUCAACAAAUCAGGUCAUUGCUCAAAAAAUACUGAAUUUUCUAGGGCCCAAAUUUGGCUUCUGGGGCACCUCUGUGAAGUAAGAACUCCUGCCAUGUGCUGGUUUCAUGAAAAAAUCAAAUUAAUUGUGCUGACUGGGGGGCCACUCAGUGGGACCUACAGGCUGCGCCAGAUUCAUUUCCACUGGGGAUCCAAUGAUGAAGCUGGCUCUGAGCACACUGUGGAUGGGAUGAAGUAUGCGGCAGAGCUUCAUGUGGUCCAUUGGAAUGCAGAGAAGUAUUCCAGUUUUGUUGAGGCAGCUUGUCAGUCAGAUGGACUAGCAGUCAUGGCUGUAUUUCUGAAGAUUGGUGAAUGCAACCCUCAACUGAACAAGAUUACUGACCGCUUGGACACCAUCAGAAUCAAGGGAAAAAAAGCACUAUUCACAAACUUCGACCCCAGCUGUCUGCUUCCCAAGUCCCUGGACUACUGGACUUAUUUUGGCUCUCUCACUGUUCCACCUCUUCUUGAAAGUGUUAUCUGGAUUGUUCUGAGAGAGCCCAUAAAUGUUUGUUCUGAGCAGCUGGCCAAAUUCCGCAGCCUCCUGAGCACUGCUGAGGAUGAGGUCGCCUGCUGCUUGCUGAGAAACUUCCGGCCUCCCCAGCCUCUAAGGGGACGAGAAGUCAGAAGGAAUUAA